UCGUAAUCACAAGUGAUUCAUUCAUCUGUGGUAUUUCAUUGUUUGGUGUAUUGUUUGAGGUUUAUUUAGAAGUGGACAGUGAUGAAUAUUUUCUAAGAAUGCCUAGUUGUACCCGCUCCUUAAAGGGCAAAUUCGUAGUGCCCCGUGAGAAACUUUCCGUUUCUAGACGGCCUCAUGUAAUAAUUUAUCAAACUAUAGUAAGUGACAAGCUACCAGUGAAUGAAAAAAAACCUGAGGAAGAACUUCUGAUCCGCAAUGCUAUUGAACAAAAUGAGUUCAUUAGAAAAAUCAUAUUCAAGAAAAGACUGGAAGCCGUUGUAGCGGCCAUGUACAAGAGAGAAGUAUCAGCCAAUGAAAUCAUUAUCAAAGAAGGAGACAGAGCAAAUCACAUAUACAUAUCUGGAAAAGGAAAGUUCAAUGUGAUACAGCAAAGAAAAGUGGUGGACACUUUUGAGGAUGUUCGUCUCUUCGGAGAACUAGCAAUUCUGUAUUGCCCUAAGAGGUUGGCAACAAUUAAAGCAGUGACAUCAGGAUUUGUUUGGGUGUUGAAUAGUAAUGUUUAUCAGAUGAUUUUGGUUCAAGAAGUUUUGGAAAAAUAUGAGCAGAUUUCAAAUUUUUUGACGAAGAAUGAUAUAUUCAGAAAUAUGGAUAACGACCGGUUGAGAAAAGUUGUUAACUCAUUGAAGUCUGAAUUUUUCCAAGGAGGUUAUAAGAUAGUGAAGCAGGGAGACAAAGGUGAUAAAUUCUUCAUCAUAAAUGCUGGAUCCGUAACUGUAACGAAAAGAGGAGAAGGCAUUGUUAAUAUUCUCCACGAGGGAGAUAGUUUUGGAGAAUUGGCAUUGACGAUGACUAUCAACGCCAGACAGGCAACAGUAAUUGCAAAUCCUCCUGGGGUUGAAUGUCUGACCCUCACUAUGAGGGAGUUCAUCGAUCUUAUGGAAUAUAUAAAUUUGAAACCCAAAGAAUCCAUCAAACCUACUCGAGAAUAUGGGGAUAUUAAACUGUCAGAUCUACAGAGGAAGGCAACUCUUGGAGAAGGGGGCUUUGGUAGAGUCGAACUGGUUGAAUAUAUGGAUAGAAAACUUGCCUUCGCUCUGAAGAUGUUGAAGAAGUUUGAUAUAGUGGAGAGUAUGCAACAGGAACACAUUCUCAAUGAACGUAAAAUUCAAUUAGGCUGCAGUUCUCCUUUCAUUUUGAAACUAUUUAGAACGUUCAGGGACGACAACUACGUAUAUUUUCUGAUGGAAACAUGUCUUGGUGGAGACCUGUGGCAUUUGCUGUAUAAACUGAGAAAUCACCGCUUCGAGGACAAAGAAGCCAAGUUCUACGCAGCUUGUGUACUUGAGGCGAUUGCCUUUCUUCAUUCGAACGAAAUAAUCUACAGAGAUCUGAAACCAGAAAACCUACUAAUAGCCGCCAACGGGUAUUUGAAGCUCUCUGAUUUCGGAUUGGCUAAAAAACUCAACAAAGGCGAUAAGACUUUCACUUUCGCCGGGACGCCAGAAUAUUUGGCACCGGAGGUUGUACUGUGCAAGGGAUACACUAAAGCUGUAGAUUGUUGGCAAAUCGGAGUUAUCAUUUUCGAAUUGCUAUGCAAGAGAACACCGUUCCGUUCCCUUUCGGACAACCCUAUGGAUAUCUAUGAAAAAAUUACGAGAGGGUUAGAUGAGACUCGGUUCCCUGUCUUCGUGGACCUUAACGCUCAAAGCCUUAUAAAGAAGUUGUGUCGACUCGAACCGACGGAACGGCUAGGAAUGGGUGAGAAUGGCGUUGAAGAUAUUCGAUCGCACAAUUGGUUCGCAGAGUUUGAUUGGAAAAAGUUACGGGAGCUUAAAUUGAAGCCUCCUUUCAUACCAAAACUCAAGGGACUGUUUGACACUAGAUAUAUCGACAAAAAGUCGGAGAAUGUUCUGUUUCCACCUCCCGAAACUUCUGGGUGGGAUGAUGUGUUUCAGAUGUGAAAACGUUGCAAUUGCAAACAUCAUAGAUUUUUCGUUGUUAGAGAGUAUUUGCUGUUACCCUGUAUGGAGAAUAUACAGAGUGAUUGCGACAUGAGCAUACUUCUGUGAAGAGGUAUAAAAAAGUAUUUCGGAGUAGGCUGGAGCUAAUUUUUCAUUACCUGAAUUGCGAUAGUCUUGAGAUAACCUGGAGUUUGUUUUUCUAAGAUUCACAAUUUAGCACCAGUAACUUCCAAAUAUUAAAAAUACGAUGAACAUGUUUUUACUUGUUAAUGUUAGUCUAAGAUAACAGAGUAAUGAGUUUUUCAUUCGAAAUAGCAUUAUGAGUUCUGAUGAAAAUGUUUGUACAAUUUUUAUAUUAAAAAAAAAACGAAGUAGAAAAUCGCACAUUGCAUUUUCGCUGUUUCCUUCAUGAAGAAUGGUAAAACAUUUGAAAAAGUGGCAAUUUGAAACAACUAGAACUAAAAUAUGAGCCAGGGCAAUUUUGAUUCGGAAAGAUGUCUAUUGAAAGUUAUCAAAAUGACAAGUUGUUUCCUAAAAUAUGGCAGAAACUAUAAACACUUUUAGAUUCCAAUGAGGUCAACUUUCAACUAUUGUUCAAAUGUCCACUACGCCUUCUCUGGGUGGGGCUAAUCCAAAACGUCCAAUUUUCCUUGAUUCUAGCGCAUCAAUCAGAGUGAAUUUGACCGUAAGCAUUGGUUAUAUUGACUUUGAGGACCACUGUGAUUUGUGGUUCAUUCCAUACACCUGCGACUCAAGAAAACCAAGAAAAAGUCUAACGGGGUACGAUCUUGGCGGCCAGAUCAUAUCACCUCUACGUGAGAUGACCAUUACCAUGCCCUCAAGUAGUUUGUACAGAAUAUCCAAUGUGGCAUGAACUGUGUGGCACGUAGCGUCGUUCUAUUGAAUCUAUAUGUCGUUGAUGUCCAAAUCAUCAAAUUCAGGUCAACAAAAGUUGGUAAUCAUCGACCUAUAGUGCUCGCCAUUGGCCUGGCCAACGUAUUUCUUGAAGAAAUAUGGAUCGAUGACGCCGCCAGUCCAAAAUACACCAAACAGUGACAUUUUGGGAUGUAUUGGAUACUCUUGACCUUAUGUGGAUUGAUAUCAUCCCAUUUAUUCAGAAAUGAAUAUCAUCUCUGAAGAUGAUUUUUUAUUGCUCAAAAAAAGGCUCCUGCAGAAACCAUUUCCAAAAACUGAAUAUCCCAACAUUUUAUAAUACAUAUAUUCUUAAAAUAGUUCUCGACUAUUCAUAAGAGGAGAAUCGAACUGACGAGACCUGCAAACGUACAUUUCUACCCAACAAGAAAUCAAGACUUUAUAUUACCCACAUACAGGUACGACAGAUCAAGAAAAGGGUCACUUUACACAGGCACUAUGGUGUACAAUAAAAUUCCUGACAACUUCAAAUCACUUUCCCAAAAAAAAUUCAAACGCGAAGUUAAAAAAUACCUGAAACAGUACACCUAUUACAGCCUGGAUGAAUAUUUCAACCAAUUAACCAAUGAAAAUGUGUUACGUAAGCGAAAUCUGUUGAAUUUUGAUAUCACUCAUUAUUUGAUAGUAUUCACAUUCAUUACAUUCUAUGAUUAUCAUCGGGACCAAUCCUAUACUAAAGAUAUAUUUUAGUCUUUAUUUUUACCUCUGUUAUAACCCUGAAGAGGCAUAAGCCUAUAGUAGGGCCCCACACAAAACAGACAUUCACAAUAUUUUGUGAUUUUUUUUUUGAUAUUUAAACAUUUUGUUAUUAAUCCUAAAGAAUAAUAAACAUUUUUGACUUGACUUGAACAGUGUUAUAUACCUUGUACCCUCUAACCGCAACAAAUGCAAACAGUGUAUUUAUUAUAAAUGUGUAUGUAUUCAUGUAAGUAGUAUUUCACGGAAAUAAAUGUUCUGCUUUGCUCUGUUCUGUUUUCAAUGGAAAUUAGGGUUAGUUGCCAAUAGCUCUAGAGCCCAUUUAGCGAACACACGUCGUUGUCUAUGGUCGUUUACCUUCGGUUCCUGGGUCAGUCACCAGUUUUUGUGAGCGACGCGAAAUCGACUGCCUCGGAUUCUCCUGUACUCUCUCAUUUUGGAUAUUUUCUUGAUCCAAGUGUCUAAUGUCCAAAAUCUUUCCAGUGAUUCGUCAAAUUUCUAACAUACAUUUAAAUGUUAGCUUCAAUUUUAUUCAAUUCCAAGCAUUUCAUAUUGUGAAAUUCAUAAAUUUAUAUUCUAAUAUAUCUUCAAUUUUAAUCAAAUAAAAGUUAGGACAUCUGUCAAUUUCUUUUCCAUUGGGUGUUUUAUGAUACAUCUCAACUUAGUGUUCUAUGAAACUGGUUUUUGAGUUGCUUCAACUGAUUAGAUUGGCACCAUUGUUAAAAUUUGACCUUGAUGUAAAACACAAGUGUUCAUCAACUUCAAUAUUCGAAUAUUCUCGUUAUUCUGUUACUGCGUCCUAUUAAAUUUCAACAUCAUUCACUUAUUUCAAAUAUUGACUGAAAGUUUCAAGAGUGUUUCAUAGUAAUAUUAUUUUAAUCUGUUACAAAUAUUGCAUUGUCAACUUUACCAAAAUGUUUUUUUGUACUUAUAUUUGAUGAUUUUUCCACCAUUUGCGCAGACAAAUGUAGACAAUGUAAGUAGUUUUAUCAAAACUUAAGCAAAAUGUAAAUACGCACAUAUUCUUACCCUUGUAGUUUCCCUGAUGAUGACAAUAAAAAGUGUCGAAAUAUUGGAA